AUGUGCGACCUCAUCGAGCCAUCCACGACCAUGGACGAUCUUCCGGAGGAGUGCCUCGUCCACAUCGCUUGCCAGCUGCGGUCGGUGCGUGACCUUGGCGCCGCGGCGCAAGCGAGCAAGCUUUUCCGCGACGUCUUCUACUCGGACUUUGUGUGGCGCGCCCUGUGCGUCGCCGGAAAACAUGGCGCGUCGUUAGACUUCAGCGAGAAUGUGCUCGGCUCGUUUUCGCACCCCGACGCGAAGCCGACAGCACGAGGCGCCGCUGCGGGCGUCGAGCGGCAGUCGUCCGCAUCUGGACAGCCGUGGCGCGAGGUGUACCGCACCACGAGACAAGAGUGCACGCAGGCGUCGCUGCUUGGCACGGCGAUGCAGCGGCUCGGCCUCAGGCGCGCCACGCUCCCCGCAUACUCCGCCAUCGUCUCGGAGCCGUUCAAGUACGCGGGCGACCAGGACCGCGGCUUCAGCGCCCCCGGCCGCCGAGGGCGCGAGGCUUGUCGGGCAGACACCGAGCAGCAGCUGCUGCACGGCUUUGGCGUGCGCAGGCUCGCGCACCCUUCCCCGCCUCUCCUUCUUCCUCGGACCGAGGCUGGGCCCCUCAGCAGGCUCGCCAUCGUCGACUCGGCCUCGCUCUGCCUCUUCUCCCACCGGCUCACCUCCGGCGUCGUCGUCAACAUCGGGUUCGGUGAGGCCUUCCUCGCGCACAUCGGAGGAGCGAGCAUGCUGGCCGGCACGUCCACCUUCGCCACGCACUGGGCCGUCCGCACGCCAGAGGCGGUGGCGCGCAGGUAUGGGCGGCGCGACAGCGGCGGCCAGGGCGACGGCGACGACUUCAAGCAGAGCAGCGAGGAGGAGGAGGAGACCGAGGAGGAGACCGAGCCAAGGGAGGGCCCGCGCACACGCUCGCAGAGCCAAGGCGGAGCGCCGAGCCAGGGCGGAGCAGCCGGGACUUCCGGCAUCGACUACUCGCGCUGGGACCGGCUGCAGUGCAGCGACGACGACGACGACUGA